GCAAUCAGCUAUGCCAAUUGGGCUUUUAGGCCCUGGAUGGCUCGAUUCGCUCGCGAGGCUGCAGGUGAUUGAUUCACUGCCCUAACUGUGCCUCAAUCACUACCAUAAUCCGUGCUGUGCUCUGCCCUAUAUAAGAUCCUCUUACGCACCUUCAUCUCAGCCGUUUACUCCUCUGCUUACAUCGUUCAGAGAUCACAUCUCAUCUAAUUCAACCAUCAAACUUGUCUUGAACAUCAUCAAACAAGAUCAAAUCUGACGAUAAAUUUUGAGUAAGAGAACAACUCAAGUAAAUCAAUUCAACCACAAUGUCAAACCAGGACUUUUAUGGUGGUGGAAACCAAAACCCCUACCCACCACAUCAGCCAUACGGUGCUGCCCCACCUCAACCAUAUCCUCAACAACCUCAAUACUCUCAGGACAACAGCGCCUAUCCUCCUGCCCCAAAUUAUUCACAAAACCCCUACCCACCACAGAACCUUCAACCACCAUAUGGCGCACCCGGUCCUUCUCCAGCACACUCUCCAAGUCCCUACGGAGUUCCUCCCCAGCAAUCUCCCUAUGGACAAAAUCCCUACCCUCCUCCAAACGAUCCAUACGGAAACCAACAACUAAACGCCUAUAGUGAUAACCGUGGCUACUCCCCCGCGCCCGCUCCUUAUGGUGCACCCGCUCCCUACGGUGGCGCACCUGCACCAACCUACCAUGAGCCCGGCGCUAAUCUCCCACCUCCAGAACUCGAUGCCAACGGACAACCCGUUGAAGGCGAUCGUGGACUUGUAUCUAUGGGACUCGGCGCCGCUGGAGGUUGGGGUGUUGCUUCUCAAACCGGUCGCGGCACAAUGGGAAAACUCUUGUAUGCAGCUGGUGGAAUGAUCGCCGGACAGUUAAUCGGAAACAAAGUGAAGAAGUUUAGAAAGGAUCACAACAACCGAGAUGUAGAAUACUAUGAGGAUGCGCAAACUGGACGGGAAUGUUCACCGCCAAGAGACGGCGAUGGAUCACAUUCGCAUCAUGGUGGGUAUAGGGAUGAAAAGUACAGUGGGCAUGGAGGAUAUGAAGAGGAUAGACAUUCGAGACAUCAUGACCAUGGACAUGGGCAUCACGGGCACGAACACAGAAGUCAUUCAAGGCAUUCUAGUCAUUCUCAUAGGAGACAUCAUGAUGAUGAUCGGUAUUAAGGGUUGACUAGUAGUGGAGCGAGGUGCGAACGGAUAAAGUGCGAAUGAUGCAUGACGCCGAGAAGUAUUGAAUGGAGUGACGAGGCACCGAAUAUGAAACGGGAGGAAUGGGGCAAGAGGAUCGCCUCUGUGAAAUGGUUAUAAUCGGAUAUUCCGACAACUGGAUUUUGAAUCAUGGCAGGAUUUGGCGUUGGACAUGCUAUUUUAUGUUACGAAGAUGGGACGAAUGUACGCCGAUGUUUCGACGAGUUUAUUUCAGAUAGUUAGCACUUCGGCACGAUGUGAUGCGAGGUAUGAUGGAUAAAUACAAUCCGAUUUUUCAAUAUUGAGUUCUAUGCCAUAUGAUGUUCUGUUUCUUGUUCAAUAUCUA